GGCAGGCGGACCUCAGUUGCUAUACGUGCAGCCGGGUGUUUUUGUCAACCAGCAAUGGCAACGACUUCUUUCCAGGUGUUGUGGGCCACGCUUUGGAUCUGUUUGGUCACCUCAGAAUCACGUGUUGACCGUCUGAAGAACCCACGCUUCAUUGCUGUCAGGUGGGGCUCCAGGGUCUCCUUCAGUUGUGGUUCCUCUUCUGUGGUAAACUGGUACAAAAAGAUUGGUCAGGAUCCGCGGCAAUUGCUGGAGAACAGUUCCAGAGUCCUUGUGAUCAAUAACUCAUCAGUGUCAACAAUCAACAUUGCUAAGCUCCAGCAUACAGACAGUGGCAUCUACUACUGUGAGAGCAGUGGAUCAAAUAAGAGUAUGAGCAUGCAGCAACACUGUGGCACCGAACUCAAGAUCAUGGGCAUUAGCACCUAUCAACAAGUGCAAGAUCGGAACACCAUGAAAGACACCAUCAUUUUGAUCCAGUCCAUUCUUCUUUUCAUGUUUGUCAGCUUCCCUGUGUUCAUGAUCCUGGGGAAGGGUGAUGGUAAGGAAGCCCCCGGUGAGGACCACACUUAUGAGGGCCUGGCUGUGGAACUGGCCGAUACCUAUGAAGACAUUGGUACCUACCAGGACAGAGCAGAAAAGUGGGACCUUGGAGAGCACCCAAGUGAAGAGUGAUGCCUUCUGCAGAUUCCUGCUCUGGGCAUGACCCAGUGUGAGUUUGCCCUUGGAUGUUAGAAACUGCCUCCUGGUUCCUGGAGACACUCUGGGGAGACCACUUGGUGCUGGCGCUCUCUCUCUCUCUCUCUCUGUGCCUUGCUCGCUUGCCUAUCUAUCUUCAGCUCAACUGGACA